ACCAAAUGAUGAUGGGUGGAUUUAUUUUACCAAUUCAACUUGAGGUCCAAAGUAUAGCUUAACUUUGAAUCUUAUCAUACAAUUGAAUCAAACGUAUAGCUUAACUUGAAAAAAAAAAAAAAAAAAAAAACGACGGUUACAUGUAGUUGGCAAGUAGUGGAUGGAAAGUUUCAAGAGAUGGUGAAUAUGAAGGGGAAGGUCUCCACGUUGUAAAGCUCGAUCCUAUUUCUCCUCCUUUCUUUUCUCUCUACACUUUCCUUCUCAUUUUACCUUCCAUUUUCAAAACCCAUUUUCCCAAAAGAAAAAAAGAAAAAAAAAACAAAAAAAAAUAUCAAUUUUCCAUUUUAUUACUUAUUUUUUAUUUUAAAAAAUCCCUAAUUAAUUUCCAAUAAUGUCCUCCUCUUCCUCCUCCGACGACGACUCCGCCGCCGUAGAACCAACCCCUGCAGAAGAAACCGCCGAGAAUAAAGAACCAGAAACUGCCAUCGAAGAAAUUGCAGCCCCCGCUGAAGCCGAAGAAACCACUCCCACCAUCGCGGCCGUCGAAGCACCCGUCACCAAAACCAGCAGCAGAGCAAGCGGAAGCGGCCCAGUGGUGAGAUUCGACAUCUCACAAUCGUCAUCCUUAACCACAAUCGCACAAACGGCCAUCGAAUCCCUAAAACCCAUUCUACCAAAUACCAUCCCCUCAUCUCUCUCUUCCGCUCCCAACCCUGCCCUCGCUCUCCUCAACGACCUCGAAACAAUCGCCCAAAUUACUGCCCUCCUCCGCCGCCCCACCUCCGGCGCCGGCGACGACAACCUCUGCCGUUGGCUCUACGAUACUUUCCAAUCCAGUAACCCCGACCUCAAACUCGUCGUCCUCCGCUUCCUUCCUGUCCUCCUCAGCGCUUACCUCUCCCGCGUGGUGUCCCGCCGUAAAUCCCUCGCCGGCUUCGAAGCCGUCCUCCUCUCCCUCUACGCCCACGAAACCAACCGCCGCGCGAGCCAACCCCUCUCCGUCAACAUCCCUGAUUUAACUCACCCUAGUAUUUACCACGAAUCCAUAUUCCCUCACAAAAACAACGCCACAGCUCUCAACCUCGCCGUAAUCUCCCCAUCGUUGGAGCCCCACGGCAUGGUCCGCUCCACCAAGAGGGCCCGAAUCGUCGGCGUCGCACUCGAACUCUACUACACGAAAAUCGAUAAGAUUCCAGAAACUUCCAAGAUAGAGUUCUGCGAGUUUUGCCGGAUUUGGGCCGGUGAUGUUAACAAUCGAGGAGUAAAAAAAGAGGAAGCGACGGCGGCGGUGGUAGAGGAGGCGGAGGAGGAGGAGGAGGAGGAUGGAAUUGGGAGAAUUCCGUUGCCGUGGGAGAUUCUUCAGCCGAUUUUAAGAGUGUUAGGACACUGUCUUUUGGGGUCGAAUUCAAUAGUGAAUUGCAAGAAGAAAGAAAGGACGGCGUUGUUCGAUGCGGCGAUUGGUGCGAUUCGGAGCUUGUAUUUGAGAUCGAUGCAUGAUAUUAAUCCGAAAGCAAUCUUGGCGACUGGGAGUUUGGUGAAGUUGGGGGAUAUGGCUAUGGAGUCGACUGAUGAAAUUGAUUACACUGAAAUUCCUUACCAAACCAUCAUCAACCUCUAGCAAUUUUUUCUUUUUCCUCUUCGGAUCAAAUUAAUGGCAGCCUGCCAUAUUUUCUUCCCUUUUUCUCUUUUUUUGUUUUGACUUUGUUUAAUCUUUUUUAAGUAAAUUUGGAGUUGUAAAAUAAAAUCAAAAUGUACUUAGAAUUGUUGCCUUUGUUGGCUUGUUUUUGUUUUGCUCAUACAUUUGAUCUCUCUUUAUUAUUUGUAAAACAAAAUGUACUUAGAAUCCGCAACUUAUAAAAUAUCAUCUAAAGGAAUGUAGGUGAUGAUUUUGUUUUA